AUGUCCUCAUCACAACAACAGUACCAUGGAAUAUUACGACAGGUUCCCGCCGAGUUGAUUUUUGAUAUUUUGCGUUAUUUGGAUUUUGUUUCACUCAAGCCUUUAAUAUUUUGCUUUGUAACUGUUGACUAUUAUUUGCCAACACAAUUACAAGAGACAAUUAGCCUUGGUUUAUCAUCAUUAUCUAAUGUUUCUAAUGGUGACAGUGGUGGAUCUGGCUCCGGAUCUGGCUCUUCAUCUAGUGUUGGAUAUAGUGAUGGAUUUUCUUAUUGUUCUCUCCCGAUUAAACAUUUAUUUGGUGAUGAGUUUGGGAUUGCACGAUUUGGAAUUUAUUUAAAGAUGAGAUUUAUAGAGAGUAUUCCUGGGACAUUGAAAUUGAGUCACGGUAGAAGAAAUAGCUUUGAUGAUAUUUAUAGAGAAUUGGAAAAGUUAUUUGUACAUUAUAAUCCAAUGAUGAGUAAGAACUUGAAAAGAAUUGGAAAGGAAUUUGAGGAGGAACGAAUUAGGGUUAGUGUAGAGUAUAAAAUUCAAAAGUAUUUGGAUGUGACGGUAACGAAUGAGAAUUUUAUGGAAUUUUGUAGAAAUUACAGACAUGCUUCAAAGAUCAUUUUGGAAAAUUGGGGAAAGUAUGGCUAUGGAAGUGAAUCAAAUUUGAGGUAUAAAAUUCCGGGUAAUAUUUUGGUGGCUUUCAAAGAAGUUUACAAAAAUCUUGUAAAACCUUUGAAAAAUAUUCAUGAUGAAAAGGCAACCUCAAAAAAUCCUUACAUGAAAGCACUUAUUGUUGUGGUUAAUUCAAUGAAUGAAUGUGCCAAGUAUUUUAAACUAUUGAACAGAGAUUUUAUUUACGCAAGCAGUAGACUUGCAAAUGAUUAUCCAAUACCAGUGGAAUUAUUUGGCAAGUUUUGGAGAUAUUUAGAUAAUCCACUCACAUACGAACCACUUUUACAUAUGGUGACGAACUUGUCAGAUAAAAGGCAAAUUAUCAUUGAUAUUUGCAACUAUUUCUCAAACAUGAAACCACCACGCACAUGCUAUUGCUACACAGGCAGACUACGAAAAAUUCUUGGAAAUAUUCAAACUCUUUUCCAAACAUAA